GUGAGUGCGAAUAGUGGCCGGGGGCGCCCUCGGGUCCCCGGCACGGGAUUCCGGCUUCCCCUCAGCGCGCGUGGGCGCGCUCGGGUGGCCCGGAGACGCCCUCGGGCCGAGGUCCUGAGUGUGAAACGCUUCCUCCCGGACGUUGCUCUGUACCUGCUGUGGCGCGCGGUUGCACCGAACAGCAAACACACACCAGGACUCUCCUGUGCCGGAUGCUCACACUAAUUUUGUUGCGGUUUCAUGUUCAGCUUUAAACCAGAUGUCUUAUUUUGCCAGUUUGACUUUUGUUAAGGAGCCAUGAUACGUUCGAGGCUUUUCUCAGCGAGAUCCUGGCCGGUGUUGGAGGGCGUGGGGUGCUGGACACCGUUGGCACGAGUGUUUCCCAGCCCUGGGCGGCUCCUUCCCCAGCACGCUUCUCCCAGGCUGCUUUCGGUCAGCUGCGUGGACUGCACCAAGCACCGGGACCCUCCCAGGAAGAAACUGCUCUCAGAGAAAAAACUGAAAAGGCAUUUUGUGGACCAUCGCCGAGUGCUUGUCCGAGGGGGACGCGGAGGUGACGGCGUGAGCUGCUUCCACAGUGAGCCCCGGAAGGAGUUUGGAGGCCCCGAUGGUGGCGAUGGAGGCUACGGCGGCCACGUCAUCCUGAGAGUUGAGCGGCAAGUCAAGUCCCUGUCCUCAGUCCUGUCUCAGUACCAGGGCUUUGACGGAGGAGCCGGCGGCAGGAAGAACUGCUUUGGGCGAAGCGGCGCCGCCCUCUACAUCCAGGUCCCCGUGGGCACUUUGGUGAAGGAGGGAAACGAAGUCCUGGCCGACCUCUCGCACCCGGGUGAUGAGUUCAUCGCAGCACUGGGCGGGGCAGGCGGGAAGGGCAACCGCUUUUUCCUGGCCAAUGGCAACCGAGCGCCCACGACUUGUACCCCCGGACAGCCGGGUCAGGAGCGGGUCCUCUUCCUGGAACUCAAAACGGUGGCACACGCUGGGCUGGUCGGAUUCCCCAAUGCAGGGAAAUCCUCGCUUCUCCGGGCCAUUUCCAACGCAAGGCCCGCUGUGGCCUCCUACCCAUUCACCACCCUGAACCCGCACGUGGGGGUCGUUCACUGCGAGAACCACCAGCAAAUAGCAGUGGCCGACAUCCCGGGCAUCGUCCGCGGAGCCCACCAGAACAGGGGCCUGGGCUUGGCCUUCCUGAGGCACAUCGAGCGCUGCCCCUUCCUCCUGUUCGUGCUGGACCUCUCAGUGCCGGCGCCGUGGACUCAGCUGGACGACCUGAAGUACGAGCUGGAACAGUACAGGGAGGGCCUGUCCGAGAGGCCCCACGCCGUCGUGGCCAACAAGGUCGACCUCCCGCAGGCCAGAGCCCGGCUGCCCCAGCUGCAGGCCCGCCUAGGCCGAGAGGCCAUCGCCCUGUCAGCGACCACCGGGGAGAACCUGGAGGAGCUGCUGCAGCACCUGCAGGGGCUGCACGAUGACCACGUGGCCGCGGAGCUGGAGCGUGGCCGCCAGCCUCUCCGGUGGUAGCGCAGGUGGUAGGCCUGGAGGCGGCAUGGGCGGUGCCCAGGCAGGCUGACUGUGACCGGAAAUGAGGGAGG